UCGAUAGUUUGACAGCCCUGCCACUGAGAGAGCAUAAUGACGUGGUGAACUCUGUGUGAAAAAAGAACAAUAAAUUGCCGACAAAUCUCUAGUGUAAUUAAAUUAGUUACCGCACAGAACCGUACUACAUUGGAAAUUAAAUCCUACGGAUCCUAUAAUCUUGGAAAACAGGCACUGCAAAUAGCAAUCUCAACACACUGACAGUGGCAAGAGCCCUACAACAAGGAAGAAGAAGAAGGAGGCGAAGGCGAAGACGGGCGGUACAGAACAUGAAAUUAGAGAAUAAUUAGCGAUUGGAGCACACCAGUUGGCCUGUUUUGUGUUUUGUUAGCCCCUUUCUGGCGACCCCUGCCCCUGUCCCCCGAAAAGAACACAGCCCCCGAAUCGAUACACGUGAGCAGCGGGAACGGUGACAGCGUCAAAGUCAACAAAGUCGUGGGCUGGAGAUUCAUGAAAGGCUAGCGAGACGACCAUGAUGAACGAGGACAGCAGCGCUGCCAGUGGCGGUGGCGUCAAGAAGUUCUUUCAGCGCCUCUCACAGACCUAUCAAUCCACCUUAGACCGGAGCACACCGCACACGCGGAUGCGCUGGGUCUUUGCCGGCUUCCUGCUCUUGCUCUUCGUGCUGCGGAUUUUUAUCCACCAGGGCUGGUACAUCGUAUGUUAUGCUUUAGGGAUCUACCAUCUAAACCUUUUCAUCGCCUUUCUAACGCCCAAAAUCGAUCCGGAGUUCGAUCCGUAUUCGCAGGACGACGAGGACGAGGGUCCCAAUCUGCCCACGCGCAGCAACGAAGAGUUCCGGCCAUUCAUCCGACGCCUACCUGAGUUCAAAUUCUGGCUAUCGGUGGCGAAAAGCACGCUCAUCGGUCUGAUCUGCACGUUCUUCGAAUUCUUCAAUGUGCCAGUGUUUUGGCCCAUCCUGGUCAUGUACUUCAUCACGCUGUUCUGCAUCACGAUGAAACGGCAGAUCAAGCACAUGAUCAAGUACAAGUACUUGCCCUUCACGCGCAACAAGCCACGUUACCAGCGGGUGAAUGACCUGGCGGGACCCGGACCUGGCUCCGUGGCGGGCAAUUCGAAGUGACAAUUAGCCGCACAGACGCCGGACACACGGGCGACGGCAGCGGGAACAGGCGAUCCUUCAACGGCCUCUUCUGCAGCUGCAGUCCCACCAUUAACAACUAGCGACAGCGCAGCGACCAAGGAUGUGGGGUCGCCAACAGUGGGAGGAUCAACAGCAUCGUCUAUCAAACCACCGCAGAUCAUUGCCAUUGAAGACUACUAGAGAAGGCUACCAAAAGCAGCACGGAAUGGAAACCAAAACCAGAAGCAAAACAUCAACCAGAACCAAGCUUAUAAUAUGAUUUUCCUUUUCGGUUUGUGUAGCAUUUUUCUUUUCUCUGUUGAGUUGUCGUACAGCGUCUUGUGCAAAAUACCUUGUUUAAUUGUUUAAUGCUUGUUUAAAUUAAUAUUCAUUUACAAUGCUUUUUUAGCUAUUGUAAAUCCCCAACGAUACCGAAAGGCAAAAGAUCAGCUCUAAUUUAAUUUUUCAUCCUAAUCCUAAUAUAAUUUAAUGAUUUUUCGAUUCAAAAAGUAGAAUAACUGUAUUUGAAAACAAAUAUUUUGAUUAUCAUGCUUAGAUGCUAUAACAAUGUAUGCCUAAAUAUAUAAACAAACAUAUAUAUUUUGCAUUAUGAUUAUACAAUUUUUGUUAGCGUUAACUAUAAAAAAAUGUUAAAAGGCGGAGUAAAAACUGAAACUAUAGGAAGUGUACACUGGGUGCGUCUUAUGAAUAAAAGAAGACACAAGAAAACCAAA